AUGCUUUCUCUGCGUUUCGAAGCCGAGUCGUGCCAUAUCAGACAGGAUCUGAUCCAAGAUGAGGAAGUGGGCGGACCGGAGGAGGGCCGUGAUGGGCUCCCUUUUGACGACGAGGCAGUCCUUGUUCUCGUUGGUCCGGAGAAGGCAGAGUUCACAGUACACAAGAAGCUUCUGUGCACCACGAGUAACUAUUUCAGAGAUGCCAUAGACGCGAUCCCCACGGCAGUGCUUCCCUCACCGCCGCCAUCAAACCGGUGCAGUCCAGAACCUGACGGGCGCUCUGGCAACGACCCUGGAUCUGCCACUACCACACACGAGAGUCUAGUCAUGUGGCUAUCAACAGAAAACUCCGACAUGUUCGACCUGUUCAUCCUGUGGCUGUAUCACCACCAGGGCUACCAACAAUCCCCCUCGCAGGCGGGUAUCCCGCGCUCCGCCUUUAUCGACGAUGCCGCCAUCGCAAGCGCGGGACAGGAGGCGGGGUCUCCCUCACCGACCAACUGCCAUAAGUUCCGCGCGCUGCACUGGAGCCUGGUGCGGUUACAUCUGUUCGCCGCACAGAUCGACCUGCCCGCGCUGCAAGACACGGCCAUGGACGCGCUGCAAGACCUUCACCUGCGGUGCGACUGGGACGUCGCGCCGAGGCUUCUCUCCCUGCUGUUCUCGGACACCAACCGCUUCAGCGACGGCGGCGACGAAGACGAGGACGCCUCCGUGACGCCGGCGACGACCUGCCGCCUGCGCAAGUGGGCGGUGGCGAUGCUGGCCUUUGCGCUGAGCGGCUGCCUCGGCGGGUGCGGCAGCAAGAGCGCCGACGGCGUCGUGGCCGAAGGCCAGUUCCAGGGCCUGCUCGACAGCCUGCCGGACCUCCGGGACCAGUACGCGGGCCACCUGGCCAAGAUGGCGGCGAGCAAGGCCGACGUGCGCAUCAAGAACCCGCAGCUGCGGCUGCCCGAGAACCAUCUGCGCAACGAGGAGCGGCACUUUGGCUUCCGGCAGUGCUCCUUCCACAGCCACCGCAAGGUCGUGGGCCAGGGGAGGUGCACGCACGCCAAGGCCUCGUUCCUGCAGCAGAGCGGGCGGCUGUCGCCGACGUGGGAGCUCACGACGUCGCACUGCGAGCCGCACUCCUCCUCGGACGGCCUGGAGACGGUCGGGAGGGGCCUGGCUGUGCUGACCGAGUGCGACUCGCCGUCGGGGGAGGAGGUGCCGCCGCUGGUGUCUCCGCUGCCUGCCAAGGGCUCGGUGUCGUUCUUGGACCUGGACUGA